AUGGUCUCCCUCAAACAGUCCAAGCCCAUUAGGCCGCCUCCGGGCGUCGACCCGUUGCAGCCUCGUGCUGGCAGUGCGGCCUACCUCUACGCUGUCACGGCGUUCGUCUCGCUCGGCGCGUUCCUGUUUGGCUAUGACCAGGGCGUCAUGGGCGUGAUCGUGGCUGAUAAGCGCUGGAUCGACCUGAUGCAGCCGAAGAAUUCUUGGGUCACGGGAACCGUCGUCUCGCUGUACGACGUCGGUUGCUUCAUCGGCGCCAUGUCCCUGGGCUAUCUGGCGGAUCCCAUCGGUCGUGAGCGGACGCUUGCCAUCGCCUGUGUUGUGUUUAUCGUUGGCGCCGUCCUCCAAGCGGCGUCGUAUUCGGUCACGCAGAUCACAAUCGGUCGAGUGGUGCUCGGAUACGGCGUGGGCGCAUGCGCCGGGGGUGUGCCGCUGUACGUCGCCGAGCUGUCUCCACCGUCGAUCCGCGGUCGCGUCGUGGCCAUCGAGCAGAUGAUUCUCUGCUUCGGCGAGCUGGUCGCGUUCUGGAUCAACUACGGGUUCAACUACCUCGAGAUCGACGACUGGUGGCGGAUUCCGCUGGCAAUCCAGAUCCCGCCGGCCAUCCUGCUCGCCGUCGGAUGCUGGUUUUGGGUGCCGCCCAGUCCGCGGUGGCUCGUGGCGCAGGACCGCCAUGAGUGCGCGCGUGAAGUCCUGACGAGACUGCACGGCAGCGAGGCGGCGGAACUGGAGAUGCAGGAGAUCCAGAGCUCGAUCGAUUUCGAGAAACAUGUCACCAAGGCCAGCUGGAGGGACAUGUUCACUAUGCCCGUGCUGCGGGUGACCAUGCUGGGAAUGGGCAUCCAGUUCUUCCAGCAGAUCACGGGCACCAACUCGAUUCUCUACUAUACUCCAUCGCUCUUCGAACGAGGCGGCAUCACCAACCCUCGCACUGCAAAUCUUGCGACCGGCGGAGUCGGCAUCGUCCUCUUCGCCUUCGCCUGGAUCCCCAUCUUCUUCUUCGACCGGCUCGGCCGCAAGACGUGGCUGCAGCUCGGCACCAUCGGCAUGAUGUGCUCCAUGAUCGGCAUCACCGUGCUGCAGUGGCACGCGGAGCACCACCCGGGCGACAAGGCGAACUACACCAUCAUCAUGUUCCCGUACCUGUUCUACGUUUUCUUUAACAUCAGCUGGGGCGUGGGGUCCUGGACGUACGCGGCAGAGAUAUUCCCCGUGUCGAUGCGCGCCAAGGGGAAUGCUCUCACGACGGCGUCGCUGUGGACAGCCUGCUACAUCGUCGCGCAGGCGAGUCCGCCCAUUGCGGAUGCGGUGGGAUGGGGGCUGUAUAUCAUUUACUCAGGGAUUGCGUUUUUGCACUCAUCUUCGUCCGAUACGCGUUGGACGUUACUGACGCUGCGUCUAGUUGAAACUCGCGGUCGCACUCUGGAGGAAAUGUCCCGUCUUUUUGAUAUUGAGGACCGGUUGGCACAGCGCAGUGGCUUCGAAUACGAUCCUGCCAAGGCUGUUGCGGACGAACGUAUUGAAGAAGUAGCUAGGCUAGCCUAUCCUCUAGACAACGAUAUCUUAGGGGUUCACGAAUCCUCCAAUCUAGCCUCUAUGCAUCUAUCAAUAGAGUUUAACCCUAAGCCCGAGGAGUUCAUACCAGUCGUCAACCGCGAAGUCCUGGAAGAUCAAAAAUUGGCUAAAAUUGGUUGA